AAUCUGGAGGAAAAUACAUUGAAAAGGGAAAAGGAGGGCAGAGAAUUACAGAGAGAAAGAGGAAAAUAAGGAAGCCCAAAAAAAAAAAAAUUCCUCGGUGCUUAUGUGUUGGUGUAUCUGCAUGACACCAAAUCAGUGAUAUAAUUUCAGUAAUAUAUCACUUUGCUUCAAAUUGGCGUUUAAAAUAAGCCAAACCAGCUGAGAAGGAAGAAAGGAAGAAGAAGAAGCAGAUAGAAGAGAAAAUUCAUGUCGUCAAGUACUGUGCCCAUGGAGGAAUUGCAUGUGCCUUUUCCGGAAUUCAGAUAGCUUUACAAGGCCAAAGCAGAAUAAGAGGAUAUCCCCAGCUGAACCAGACCACUUAUAUCCUUGAAGAAGAAGGAGAAGAAGAAGAGAAAGAGGAAGGAUAUAUAUAAAUGCUAUCUGCUGAUAUGGCGGCAUCUUCUUCGUCGGCGUCGCUGCUCGGAAUAAGAGGAGAUCAGAAUCCGAUGAAUCAGCAGCAGCAUUCAUCAACCCCAACUUCGUCAACAACCGCAGCUGCACCACCCCAGAAGAAGAGGAGAAACCAGCCAGGAACACCAAAUCCAGAUGCGGAGGUGAUAGCUCUAUCUCCAAAGACAUUAAUGGCGACAAACAGGUUCAUUUGUGAGGUAUGCAACAAAGGGUUCCAAAGAGAGCAGAACCUACAACUCCACAGAAGAGGACACAACCUGCCUUGGAAACUAAAGCAGAAGACAAACAAAGAGCCAAAGAGAAAGGUUUAUUUGUGUCCGGAGCCCACAUGCGUGCACCAUGACCCCUCCAGAGCUCUGGGUGACCUCACUGGCAUUAAGAAACACUAUUCUCGCAAACAUGGCGAGAAGAAAUGGAAGUGCGAGAAGUGUUCGAAGAAAUACGCGGUUCAGUCUGAUUGGAAAGCACAUUCCAAGACCUGUGGCACCAGAGAAUACAGGUGCGACUGUGGAACUCUCUUCUCCAGGCGAGACAGUUUUAUCACCCACAGGGCGUUUUGCGAUGCACUGGCUCAGGAAAGUGCGAGACAACCUUCCAGCUUGAUUAGCAGCGCCAUUAGUGGGAGCCAGCUCUAUGGAAGUAACAAUAUGGCGGCUUUAGGCUUAUCUCAGGUGGCCUCCCACAUCUCCGCCGUCCAUGACCACCACCCCAACAACCAAACCGGCAGCGACAUUUUGCGACUGGGUGGCGCAGCUGCCACUGCCGCUCGGGCUGGCCAUUUUGACCACCUUCUUCCACCAUCCUUAAUUAGACCACCACCGCCACCGCAGAUGGCGGCCAAUGUUGCUUCUCCUCCGGCCUUCUUCAUGGCGGAUCAAUCAAACCAGAACUAUCACAACCACCAUGAUCACCAUCAUCAUGGAUUCAUGCAAUUCUCUGAUCUUCAUCACAACAAUAGCAACAAUUCUCCAACAUCUGCACCUAAUAACAACAACCUCUUCACCCUUCCUCCAUUCCUCUCCAACACCACCAACAAUAACAGUUCUUUAUCCGAACACUUGGGCAAUAACGGAAGCGCCGGCGGAGGAGGAAACGUAGACGGCCCCACCACCUUCUUCUCCGACCAAAUCACAAGCUCCAGUGCUCCUUCUCUUUUCAGCACAUCUCUUCAGAACAACAGUAACAGCAGCAGUAUACCCCACAUGUCUGCAACAGCACUGCUUCAAAAGGCUGCUCAAAUCGGUGCGAGUACUAGCAACAACAGCACCACAGCCUCGCUUCUCAGAAGCUUCGGAAGCUCCUCCUCCACCACCACUGGAUCCAAGUCUGACCACCACCACCACCACAACAGGCCGCCGCAGCAGCUGGUCGGAGCAAACUAUGGCGCUAUUUUUGGAGGGUCGUCGUCGUCGACGAACAACGAGGAUCAUCAGACCAGUAAUCUUCAGGACUUGAUGAACGCAUUCAGUAGUGUUGGUGGGUAUGAAGGAUAUGAUCAUCAUCAUCAUCACCAGCAUCAACAAAACAACUCAAACACAAGAGACCUGAAACUUCCCGUAGGAUCUGACAGGCUUACUCGAGAUUUUCUUGGGGUUGGGCAGAUUGUGAGGAGCAUGAGCGGAGGAAUUUCACCCAGAGAUCAUCAUCAACAAGGGUUCAUGAACUUGGGUUCUUUGGAGAGUCACCGAAACAACAACAACAACAACAAUAAUGCUGCGCCGUCAGGCCAUUCUUUUGGAGGAGGAGGGAAUUUUCAGUGAUUAGUUAAAGUCGAAGCUGAAAAAACCGAAGUAGCAAGGGAUGGAUAUCGUCAAGAAGUUCGGUUACAGUGAAGGGUUGACUGGCUGGCUAAUUCAAUAGGAGCAGAUAUUAUAUACACAUUCUCCUCUGGGAGACUGCCAUCAUCGGACCGUUUAUGAUUAAUUAGGCCUCUUUCCAACUCAAUUACAUCAUCUUCAACUUCAUUUAGACUUUCUCUUUUUCUCUUCCCAUCAACUAUAUUCCAAAAAAAAAAAGUAGCUAGAAUCAAACAUAUCAUGGUUUCAUGAACUUAGUUUCUAGCUUUAGUUUAUAGUUUUAUAUAUAUGUUUCAGACUUCAUGAGCUUAAUUGAUACCUUCCUUUGUUCAUAUACUUUUAUAUAUGCUAUUUAUCAUCUCUCUUCAA